AUGAGUUUCCGUGGAGGACGAGGAGGCGGCCGAGGAGGUGGUCGAGGCGGCGGUGGUGGAUUCAGAGGCGGCCGAGGUGGCGGCGGCGGAGGUCGUGGCAAUUGGCAAGAUCAAGGACCACCAGAACAAGUUGUUGGUAUGUUGCUUUAGUUUUUUGUUUGGUUUUUAGGUAAAACUUGAGGAAAAUGCUUCUGUUAGCUAAAUCAAUGUGUUCUUCAUCUUUUCUAACUGUUCUACAGCUUUAGGGUCUUUAGAAUUGUUUUAAAAUUAUGGUCAAUUAGAUUUACAUGAGUUUUCAAGCGAUUUUUAAUGUAAAUUCUGUUUCAGAAGUAGGACAGUUCCUUCAUCCAUGUGAGAACGAUCUUGUAUGUUCGACGACAUGCGGAAAGGUCCCAUUCUUUAACGCUCCAGUUUACUUCCAAAAUAAGGAACAAAUCGGCAAAAUUGAUGAGAUUUACGGAAGCCCUCAGGAACACGUAAGUACAACAACCUUUUGUUAUGUUUCUUGAGUUUCUUGUUGUUCUUUGGGAUAGUUGAUGAUUUUAUAGUGAAUAAUAACAAUGUUUACGCUAUUGUUUUGGCUUCUUUCCUAUCUGGAUCUUUAAAUAAUUUCUAUUUUUUUAAUUAUAUUGAUGAAUAUUAAGUAUAAUAUAUUUUUCGCUAUUUUUAAAAGCAUUUUUGAAGUGUUUACGAAAUAAUUUUGUAGUAUAUUAUAGAAGACAAGUAUUAGAGUGUGUAGAAGUUUAUUUGAUAAGGUUUUAGUUUACCUUUUUGUUAAAACAUUCAUUUCUUUUAAGGUUUUUGGAUACUUAUUGAUAUAGUUUUAUUUUUUUUAAUUUUCCGGAUUCCUGAAACUUUUUGCAAUUUCAUUAUUGGGACUUGAAAACAUAGGGGUCUGGUCUUGUUUAUUAUCGCUUUUCAUAUAGUUAUAUCUAACUUUGUUAUAUAAACCAUGGUUUAUAUAAAAUCUGCCUUUUCAGGGCUUCACAGUCAAAUUAAGUGACGGAGUAAAAGCCGGCUCAUUCAAAGAGGACCAAAAAAUCUACAUUGAUCCGGCCAAGCUUUUACCAGUCGAGCGUUUCACCAACCCACAAAAGUCAGGAGGUCGUGGUGGCCGAGGAGCGUCACGCGGGGGCCGAGGCGGAGAUCGCGGUGGCCGAGGAGGAUUUGGCGGUGGUCGUGGUGGCGGAGGCCGUGGAGGAUUUGGUGGAGACCGUGGCGGCCGAGGAGGAUUCGGCGGUGGACGUGGUGGCGGAGGCCGUGGAGGCUUCGGUGGAGAUCGUGGCGGUCGAGGAGGAUUCGGUGGAGGUAAGGAAUUAAAAUUGAUUUAAAGCUUUGAGAAAUGAGUUUAUGAUAGUAUUUUUGGCUUAUUAAGAAAAUCUUUUUCUCUUAACCCAUUCCAACCUUAUAUUAUUAUAGGUCGCGGCGGAGGCGGUGGUUUCAGCCGAGGUGGCGGCGGUGGUGGAGACUUCAAACGCCAAAACAACUCAUUCGGCAACGGCGGCGGCGGAGGUCCACAAAACAAACGGAAGAAGUUCGAUGAUUAA